UUGUGGCAUUCGAUUUGUAUCUGGCAUAUCGUCAGCGCUGCUGAGUUUGAAUGGAAAGCCUGGCGUGUGGUCAUCGUGGAAUUCGGACCUCCUAUAAAAGAUGAUUCGGGACCAUUGCCUCUCCGUCCAUCAACAGCGCUGCAUCCAUCCUCGACCAUGGAAGAUAUUUACAAAGCAGCGGUCGAGCAGCUGACCGAGGAGCAGAAGAAUGAAUUCAGGGCAGCUUUUGAUAUUUUUGUGCAGGAUGCUGAAGAUGGGUGCAUUAGCACCAAGGAGCUGGGUAAAGUGAUGCGCAUGUUGGGUCAGAACCCCACACCGGAGGAGCUGCAGGAGAUGAUUGAUGAAGUCGAUGAAGAUGGCAGUGGUACUGUUGACUUUGAUGAGUUCUUGGUCAUGAUGGUGAGAUGUAUGAAAGAUGAUAGCAAAGGAAAAUCAGAAGAAGAACUGGCAGACCUGUUUCGAAUGUUUGAUAAAAAUGCUGAUGGUUACAUUGACAUUGAAGAAUUAAAGAUCAUGCUGGAGGAAACAGGUGAAUGUAUUACUGAAGAUGACAUUGAAGAGUUAAUGCGAGAUGGUGACAAAAAUAGUGAUGGAAGAAUAGAUUAUGAUGAAUUCUUGGAGUUCAUGAAAGGUGUCGAGUAAAAUGUGGUAGAAUUAUUGGCAGGAAUCCAGUUACUUGCUUUGCUGUGAACCCUCUUUAGUCCAUCACUAACAAGCAUGAAGAACUAAACAACCCUCAAGCCCAAGAUUUUUCCGGUCAUUCCAAUAAAUAUAGAACUUUUUCACUUAUUGUACAUAAUUGAAUGCUUCAUGUAGCCUUUCAAAAUAAAUUGAUGGCAGUUGUUGAAGAUGAAUUAAAGUUGUAAUCACUGUU